AUGCCAGAACCAACGAGAGACGAACAAACCUCCGAGGCCAACCUGCCCAAGGGCGUUGUGCUUGACAAGGACGGCAAACCAUGCCGCACCUGCACAUCCGCCGCCUCAUGGCGAGCCCUCUCCAAGCAAGCAGCGCAGUCCAACUCUAACUCCCAAGACAAACCCCAAUCCUCCACCUCCCCAGCAUCAUUCCCCCUCGCCCAAUCAAUCACCUCCGCCGCAUCAACCAGCACCCUCCCCUCCUCUUCAUACCCUGCCUCCGACAACCAAUGCCCACCAGACGUGGAAGCCCUCGGCCACUCAACCUGGACCCUCCUCCACUCUCUCGCAGCCGCAUACCCCACGCGCGCUACCCCGGAGAAACAAGACGAAAUGCGCACGUUCCUGAAUGUCUUCUCGAAGCUGUAUCCUUGCUGGGUAUGUGCGGAUGACUUCCGGAAUUGGAUGGCGGAGCCUAGUGGGAGGAAUCGGCCGAGGUUGGGGGGCAGGAGUGAGUUUGGGUGGUGGAUGUGUGAGGCGCAUAAUGAGGUGAAUCGGAAGCUGGGGAAGAAGGAGUUUGAUUGUCGGUUUUGGGAGGAGAGGUGGAGGACGGGGUGGAAGGAUGGGAGGUGUGAUUGA